CAACAGUUGUCGCUGCGUGACGUUGAGUAGGUCCCAGCGCCAAUUGCAAAAAAGAGUUCAUAACGCGUGAGCAGCUCCGUCGUCUUGUCGAGGGCAUUGCAUCAUCUAGAAUUUGACCUAUUACCUAGACCGCUGUAAAUUAUUGCUAUCCACCAGUAAACCAUGCAAAGACUACGAAUGCCGAGUGUCGGCGGGCGGAACGUAUUGCGUGGCCGGCGAAGGAUAUGCGUUUCAGCUUCUUCUGCUAAUAAGGUGAACGUGCUCGUCAUCGGCUCGGGUGGCCGUGAGCACUCCCUCGCAUGGAAAUUGUCUCAAUCGCCCAUAUGCAAUCAUCUGUUCUGCGCCCCGGGUAAUCCGGGUACAGAGACAGAACCGAAUGUGACAAAUGUCGGCAUAGAUGUGGCCAACCAUCAGAAAGUUGUGCAAUUCUGCCGGGAAAGGGAUGUAAGGCUUGUGGUGGUAGGCCCCGAGGUGCCGCUCGUCGCGGGCCUCGCUGACGACAUGCAGGCAGCCGGAAUACCCACCUGGGGACCUAGCGCACGGGCGGCGCAGCUGGAGGGCUCCAAGGCGUUUAUGAAGGACAUCUGCCGCAAGUACGACAUCCCCACAGCUGCCUAUGAGAAAUUCACGGACCCUGCGCGCGCGAAGUCCUUCAUUAAACAUCUGGGCGCGCCUAUCGUCGUGAAGGCUAGCGGUCUAGCGGCAGGCAAGGGCGUGGUUGUGGCUCGUACUGUGGAGGAGGCGUACCAGGCAGUGGACGAUAUGUUGGUGCAUAAAGUGUUCGGAGGUGCAGGUGAUGAGCUUGUCAUUGAGGAAUUCCUGGAUGGUGAGGAAGUCUCAUUCUUUGCGCUCGUUGACGGAGAGGCGGCCAUUCCCCUGGUCUCAGCACAAGACCACAAAGCCGUUGGAGAUGGAGAUACAGGGCCGAACACAGGCGGUAUGGGGGCGUAUUCGCCUGCACCUGUCAUGAACGAAGCCAUCUUCAAGCAGGUCAUGGACGAGAUCAUCUACCGCACCGCGCGUGGUAUGGCAGCCGAAGGGGCGCCGUUUCGCGGAACUCUUUUCGCGGGCCUUAUGAUCAAGGAUGGCAAGGUGGGUUGCGCAAAGCUGUUGGAGCACAACGUGCGCUUCGGUGAUCCGGAGUGCCAGGGCCUUAUGGCUCGCUGUGAUUCGGACCUCACGGAAGCGCUGCUACGGGCUACGCAGGGCAAGCUGGAUGACGUGAAUCUGAUGUGGAAGCCUGAGGCGGCGCUAACUGUGGUUAUGGCGGCAAAUGGCUACCCCGGAAAGCACCUCAAGGGCUCCGUCAUCAGGGGCCUCGACCGGGUUACAACUGCCAAGGUGGCCCCUGCUGCGGCUGUGCAGGUAUUCCACGCAGGAACAGCCCGCAACACGGCGGGGGAGGUGGUGUCCAACGGGGGUCGGGUGCUCAACGUCACGGCACUCGGGAAGGACGUUGCGGAGGCGCAGGCGCGGGCGUACGAGGCUGUCAAGCAAAUAGAGUGGGCAGACGCGUACUACCGCUCCGAUAUUGGCUGGCGGGCAGUGGCUCGCCUGAAAGCCCCCGCCAAACAUCAUUGA